AUGUAUUUAAACAAACCUCACAAAAUGAUUAGCAAACUUUUCGUUUUCGGUUUAGUGUACCUUUUGGGUUCAACUGUAUGCCUAAAACCCAAUCUAGACCGAAAGUUCGAUCCUCAAAUACGGCUCAUUGAAAAUGUAGAUUUCCAAGUACAAGCGGAAGAAUUGGAAGAAAGGAAAGCCGCUGGGAGAUCGAAUAUUCUAAACGUGCUAGAAGGCAUCGUGGAAGUUUUGCAGACGAUAAUACGUUUCAUGAACGGCGUGGCGAAAUUAGACGACAUUGUUACAAAGAUACAGGAACUGUUCAAAACCUUCCAGAAGCUGUUUAACGUCAUAGCUAUAAUUUCUGAAGUUCCUAUAAUAGGCAAACCGGUGGCAUGGGUUUUGAGCCCUCUUUUGAGUAUGAUAGGUCGCUUGGUGGACAAUACGCCCGUGUUCGGAACAUUGCUCAAACAGCUUAUUGUGGGACCCGAAUAUCCGGCGACUCCACCACCAACCACUACUACCACAGCAAAGCCGUCCGUAUGGGGAGGAUUAUGGGGCGGUCCUCAGGCGGCCUAA